UUGAAAACAGUUGUGCUGCUGAAUAUUUUUUGGGACAUGUGAUACAUUUUUUAUUACAAACCGUUCUUAUACUUCUGGAAACACGUCAUUUGAGCAGUUUGCUCUGUUGUUGUGUUGUUACUCGUGUCUUCACCAUGGUAAAUCACUGUCUGACUGCUUGUAACGUAUGAAGGGACGAGUGGAUGCGUGCGAUCCAGGCCGUGGCCAAUGGGCUGCAGGCGCGGGAAGCGGACGAACCGAUGGAGAUCAAGUACAGCUCUCCCGGUGACGUCUGCGGUCUGGAGGACAUGGAGGUGUCUCUGUCCAAAUCCAGCUCCAGAGUGACGAUGAAUGACUUCGAUUACCUGAAGCUGCUGGGUAAAGGCACGUUUGGGAAGGUGAUUCUGGUGCGAGAGAAAGCCUCGGGGGUGUACUACGCCAUGAAGAUCCUGCGGAAGGAAGUCAUCAUCGCUAAGGUGACAGACUCUUUACUAACCAACCCGUGACUAGGAGAAACACUGUUAGAGUCAGAGACGGAAUAUACACCCAGACAAUUACUGAAAUGAGAUGGUUUUGAGAUUUCAGGAUUCCAGUGAUUUAUAUUCACUCAUUUAUUAAAUCAGAGACGAUACACAUUAACAGUACACAAAAUCAGUGUAA